AACCAGUAGAGAGGGGUUACACUUGCACCACACAGACUAACACAAUGCAUCUCACUGAUUGCAUGCACAUCUGAGGCCAAUUCACAUGCUCUACAAAAGGCUGGCUCUCUUGCUCACCUGGACCGAGUGUUGUUAGCAUUUAGUGCUUGAGAGAGCGUUAGCUACUCUGCAGAGCCAUUUACCUUUCUGAGUUUCAUUCUGUUUCUUAGCCUUAGUUCCAUAAUUCUAGUUCUUAGUUUUAUUUCUACUAUUCUAGUUUUUUUUCUUGUCUUAGCUUUAGCUUAAUCUUUGUAGUUUCAACCCGUGCCUCAACCUUCUGCCUGUCUUAGUUUUACCUCUCUGGUCUUGCCCCUGUUGGAGAUUGUCUGCCCCUUGCCUGAUCAUUGCCUGGAUACAGAUGGACUACUUGUGGUUCCUAAUCCAACCCUUUAGAAGAUCACCUGAACUGGUUGGAGCAUGGAGACCAUUUGACUGGGGACAGAAGGAAGCACUGAAAGAACGUCUAGAAAAGUUUACUCCGAGUAAUCCAGAUGUGACAAACAUCAAGAUCCUGUUGGCUGGACAAAUUGGAGCAGGGAAGUCCAGCUUUAUUAACUCUGUCCUUAGUGCCUUUCAGGGAGAAAUUGUUAAUGAAGCACUAGCUGAUACUUCAUCGUCAGGCGCCAGUCACAGUUUCACAACAAGACUGAGAACACACCGCAUCAGAAGUGCAGAUGCUGAUUUGCCUUAUGAAUUAUGUGACAUAAUAGGUUUAGAACCUGAAAAAAUAUCUGAGAGUCAAAUAGAUGACAUUGUCAACACCAUAUAUGGACGUGUGAAGGAGGGAUAUGAAUUCAAGGAGAAACCUAUCACUAGUGACGAUGAACAUUACAAUGAAAACCCUUCACUGUCUGAUCAAGCCUUCUGCCUAGUUUACGUCAUAGAUGCAAAUACAAUCCAAAUCGCUGCAGAUGAUAAGAUAAUCACAGAGAAACUGAGGCUUAUUCGCCGGACCAUCAGUAAAAACGGGAUUCCUCAAGUGAUUGUGAUGACUAAAGUGGAUGAAGCAAGUCCUCUGGUCAAUAAUGAUCUAAAGAUGGUCUACAGAAGCAAGAAGAUCAAAGAGAAGAUGGAGUUGUGCAGUGCCACAGUCGGUGUUCCAAUGAGCUACAUCUUCCCAGUGAAGAACUAUCAUAAUGAGAUUGACACAAACGAAGAUGUUGAUGUCUUGAUUCUCAAGGCAUUUGAUCAGAUUGUGCGUUCUGCUGAUGGAAGACUGAGGCUUGGUGCUUACAACGUAUGAGUUUUCAGGACAAAAAACAUAAAUGAUAUCAUUUAGAGUUGAAUAUUAAAUUUACAUACAA